CUUUCCGCCAUCUUUCCGCGCCGGUGAGUAGCACUGUCUGAGAGCUCCAAUUUCAUCCGUCUGCCAUCGGUGCCAUCCUGCUCUCUAAGGUUCGGUCUCGGUGUCCUGCGAGGAGGCUGGCCCCCUCCUUGGCCGAGGAUCCUGGCCUUGCCGGUUCCUGGACAGGCAUAGAGGAGAGCCAUGGCUGGGCGCCCCGGACUGUGUACUCAGGGGAUCCCGGUCCUUAGGGUGCAGGCCGCAGCGCUGGCGGGAGCCGGAGCCUUCGACUGCCCAGCUAGGCGGUAGCUCCGGUUCGGGCCGCAGCGUCUGGAUCUCUCUUUAGUGCUGAGGCAGCGCCUUGGCCCCGGGCGGCGGGCAACAUCGGGGCUGGUGGGCCGUGCAGCUUCUCAUUGCUGCGGCCGCGCUGGGAGCUUGGGAGGCUGAGGCCACCCAGCAGGUAAAAGCUGCAUCGUGCCGGGGUUGGCAGUUUGCUGGAUGCCAACUUGGAUCUUCUGGGCCGCAGAGUUUUUCUUUAGACGCUUUUGAACUUAAGGGAUUUAAGUUCAAUCUUUACUAUUGGCAGUUUGGUCUCCAUACUUAAGAGCUUUCAAAAGUUCAGUGUAGUGUGCGGUUCGUGCCCAUUAGAAGAGAGUCCAGUCUGACAGCAUGUAAAAUGUUUCUGUUUGCCACUGUGGCUCUUGCUGUUGGACGCAAUUUUAAAUGGCACGAAGAUGGAUGUUUAAUAGUUGGAUGUGUUCAUGCCACAAUGGUGCGCAUGAAUGUCCUGGCAGAUGCUCUCAAGAGCAUCAACAAUGCCGAAAAGAGAGGCAAACGCCAGGUGCUUAUUAGGCCGUGCUCCAAAGUCAUCGUCCGGUUUCUCACUGUGAUGAUGAAGCAUGGUUACAUUGGCGAAUUUGAAAUCAUUGAUGACCACAGAGCUGGGAAAAUUGUUGUGAACCUCACAGGCAGGCUAAACAAGUGUGGGGUGAUCAGCCCCAGAUUUGACGUGCAACUCAAAGACCUGGAAAAAUGGCAGAAUAAUCUGCUUCCAUCUCGCCAGUUUGGUUUCAUUGUACUGACAACCUCAGCUGGCAUCAUGGACCAUGAAGAAGCAAGACGAAAACACACAGGAGGGAAAAUCCUGGGAUUCUUCUUCUAGGGAUGUAAUACAUAUAUUUUCAAAUAAAAUGCCUCAUGGACUCUGGUGCUUCCA